UGCGCAGAAGUGCAUCUGCAGGCCGUACCAAUUCCAAAUCCGUUAAAUACGAUACGCUAAACAAGCACGAGCCGUCGUUCCACAAACUUCGCCACCAUUUUCCUUCAUUCAUUCUCAGGGCAGCGAUUGAUCGGGGAAGAAGAGGGGAAUACGAUGAAUUAUAAGCCGCUGGAGGUGCGUUCAUCUCCCUCAACGGCGGCGGCGUCUUCAGGCUCGAUUAGCUCGGUUGCGACGGCGGAGAAAGCCUUGUCUUUUAUAUCCAAGAGCUGGCGCGAGGUCCGGUCUUCCGCUGAUGCCGAUCUCCAGCUGCUCAAGAACAGAGCCAACUCCUUUAAAAACCUAGCCGAUAGAGAAUUUGAGAAUUUCAUCAACUCGGCUUCCAAAUCGCCCUUCAGUGUUCCCAGUAUCACCGCCUCCGCUACGCUCAACUCUGCUCCUCCUGCGGAAAUCGAUUUUGUCAGGAAGCUGCAGCCGAAGCUAUCCGAAAUUAGGCGGGCGUAUUCGUCGCCAGAUUUCAAGUUUUACCCACGACCGCAGAUUAAAAUUGAUUUGUCCGCGAUUAAAAACGCUAUUGUCGCGGAGGUUGGGGAAGAUGAGGAGGAUGAGACGGAGAGCCUUAGGAAAUGGAGGAGGGUGGGCUUUAAGGUGAAAGCGAAAGAGGGACAAUUUGAGGAAUUUUGGGAACCAAUAAAGACGCUAAAAUCGAGGCUUAAGGAUUUGGAACACAAGAGCUCCAGUGAGAUCUUGGAGGGGAUUAAGAAUAGUGAGUUCGUAGAGAGAUUGAAGUCGGGGCUGAAAGCAAUUUGCAAGGAUCCAAAUGAGUCAAAGGAAGUCCCGCCUCUGGAUGCAACAGAACUAUUGGCUUGUUUAGUAAGGCAGUCUAGCCCCUUACUGGAUCAACUUGGCAUUAAUCGAGGCAUUUCAGAUAAAAUUGUGGAAAGCUUGUGCAGAAAACGUAAAGAUCAACUUCUGCUGCGUUCCUUACCUGCAGGAGAGUCAUCCAUGAUUGAAAGUGAGAACAUCACUGAUGAGCUAGAUUUGAGAUUAGCCAGUGUUGUCCAAAGUACAGGGCAUUGCUAUGAAGGUGGCUUUUGGAGUGAUUCUGGAAAGCACGAUGAAUUGGACAAUAAAAGACAUGUGGCUAUUGUUACAACUGCAAGCCUUCCUUGGAUGACCGGGACUGCUGUCAACCCAUUGUUCAGAGCAGCCUAUUUAGCGAACUCUGCUAAGCAAAAUGUCACACUUUUGGUGCCAUGGCUUUGUAGAUCUGAUCAGGAGAUAGUAUACCCUAACAAUCUCACUUUUAGCUCACCUGAGGAACAGGAAAGUUAUAUACGCAGCUGGCUUGAGGAAAGGGUUGGAUUCAAGGCCGACUUCAAGAUAUCAUUUUACCCAGGAAAGUUCUCAAAAUCGAGGCGGAGUAUUAUACCAGCUGGAGACACAUCUCAGUUUAUUUCACCCAAGGAUGCUGAUAUUGCAAUCCUAGAAGAACCUGAACAUUUAAACUGGUACCAUCAUGGUAAGCGCUGGACUGAUAAAUUCAACCAUGUGGUUGGCAUAGUUCACACAAAUUACUUGGAAUAUAUCAAGAGGGAAAGGAAUGGCGCUCUCCAAGCAUUUUUUGUUAAACACAUCAACAAUUGGGUCAUAAGAGCAUACUGUGACAAGGUCCUUCGACUAUCUGCUGCCACUCAGGAUCUACCAAAGUCUAUGGUGUGCAAUGUUCAUGGUGUAAAUCCCAAGUUCUUGAAGAUUGGUGAAAAAGUAGCUGCAGGAAAGGAGCGUGGAGAGCAGACUUUUUCCAAGGGGGCAUAUUUCUUAGGCAAGAUGGUAUGGGCUAAAGGGUACAAAGAGUUGAUAGAUUUGCUGGCCAAGCAAAAAAAUGACCUUGAUGGCUUCAACUUGGAUGUAUAUGGAAAUGGGGAGGAUGCCCAUGAAGUUCAGAGCACAGCCAAAAGACUAAAUUUGAAUCUCAAUUUUAUGAAAGGCAGAGAUCAUGCUGAUGAUUCUCUACAUAGCUACAAAGUCUUCAUAAACCCAAGUGUUAGUGAUGUACUCUGCACUGCUACUGCUGAAGCCCUUGCAAUGGGAAAAUUUGUUGUUUGCGCAGACCACCCUUCGAAUGAUUUCUUCAGAGUGUUUCCCAACUGCUUGACAUACAAGACUCCAGAAGAUUUUGUUGCUAAAGUAAAGGAAGCUAUGGCCAAUGAACCACUGCCGCUUACACCAGAGCAAAGAUACAUCCUUUCAUGGGAAGCCGCCACCCAGAGACUCAUGGAAUUUUCUGAGCUCAACAAGGUUUUGGAUAGUCAAGCUGAUAAGCAUUUGGGUAGGCGUCACAAAAAUGGAAUGCCGAAAUCUAUCUCAUUGCCUAAUUUAAAUGAAGUGGUAGAUGGAGGAUUGGCCUUUGCACACAACUGUCUAACUGGGAACGAAUUUCUGCGACUAUGCACCGGAGCCAUUCCUGGAUCAAGGGACUAUGACAAACAGCAUAGCAAGGAUCUGCGCCUUUUGCCUCCACAGGUACAAAACCCGAUUUACGGCUGGUAAGUAGAAAACAUAACUAAGGUGUACAUCAUUAUUUGCAUUGUGUUAGAUAAGCUACAACCUUGUUAGGUUAUUACAGAUCUUGUCUAUGCUGUGCUCUUCUGAUCUGACCUCCACGGUGCAUUUUACUCCCUGUGUUGCAGAACAGUAGCUACUUCCUUAGCUAAAACUCCAAUUAAAAUGCUGUAUGGGUCACAAUAUAUUCGGUUUUUUUGUUUAGCAUUCUGUCUGUCUACUGAGAGAUGGUUGAUUUCAGAAUUCACUUGAAUGUAUAUAUAGCUUGAAUGAUACUUUUGUCCCA